GCGCUGGUCGGAUUGCAGACCUCGGGGAAGGUACGGCGGUGCCUAAGGGAUCACGGCGCCCAUGGGUGUUUCAGGCUGAGGCUCGAGGUCACCAUGAGCUUCAGGGCUGAGGCUGGAGAUUGAUACAGAGGAACAGAUCCUGGGACUGCUGGCGCCUUUGCAAUUCCUGACCAUCUCUAAGGCAGUGAGGAAGGGCUAACCAUGGAGGAUUUGACCCAAAUGAUUGGAGAGAGAGCUCUGCCUUCUCAGGAUGAGAAUCACCCAGAGGAGGAGAUGGCUGCUGUAGUCUUGCCAGCUGGGCCCCAGGAAUCAGUGACGUUCAAGAAUGUGGCUGUGGCCUUUGGCCAAGAGGAAUGGGGUCAACUGGACCCUACUCAAAAGGAUGUGUACAGAGAUGUGAUAUUGGAAAAGUAUAGGCACUUGGUCUCAAUGGGGCUUCCAAUUUCCAAACCUGAUGUAAUCUCACAGUUGGAGAGAAAAGAAGACCCGUGGAUGCUGGAAAGGGAAGUCUCAAGAGAUGCCUAUCCAGACUGGGAGACUAAGCCUGAGAUCAAGCCAUCUUCUCCAAAGCACGACUUUUCUGAAGAAGGAUCAUCUCAUGGGGAGAUAAUAGAAAGAUUCACAAGGGAUGGUCCCUGGGAUUCUAUGUUUCUAGAAAGCUGGGACUGUAAGGGCCAGCUAGAGAGAGAGCAGGGCCAUCAGGAGAACCACAUGAGGCAAAUGACAAUUGCACACAUGAAAACCUCCACUGGAGACAAAGGCCGUGAAUGUAAUGAAUUUGAGGGAACCUUCAGUCUGAAGUCAAUCCUUGUUACACAGCAGAAAGCUCCUACAGAAGAAAGCCUUCUUAAUUGUGAUGCACGUGGAAAAAGCCUCAAAAAGAAUUCAGACCUAGCUAAACUUCAGAAACUGUAUGGAGUGAAGAAAGCUUGGAAAUGUGGUGAAUGUGGGAAAGGCUUUAGGAAUCGCUCAGCUCUUAUUGUACAUGUGGGAAUUCAUAGUUCAGAUAGACCCUUUAAGUGUACAGAAUGUGGGAGCGCCUUUAGGCAGAACUCAUCCCUUUUGAAACAUCAGCGGUCACACACUGGAGAGAAACCCUUUAAAUGUAAUGAAUGUGAUAGAGCCUUUAGUCAGAGCUCAUCCCUCAUUGACCAUCUGAGAAUUCACACUGGAGAGAAACCUUAUGAAUGCACUGAAUGUGGGAAAGCCUUCAACAAAAGUACACAUCUUACUCAACAUCAGAGAACUCAUACUGGAGAAAAACCGUAUGAAUGCAUUGAAUGUGGGAAAGCCUUUACCCGGAGCACACACCUUACUCAGCACCAAAGGAUUCAUACUGGAGAAAAACCCUAUAAAUGCAUCGAAUGUGGGAAAGCCUUCAAGGAUGCUUCUUCUCUUAAUCGACAUCAGUUCAUCCAUACUGGAGAGAGACCGUAUAAAUGUGGUGAUUGUGACAAAGCCUUCAGCGGCCUCUCAAGCCUCAUUCAGCAUAAGAGAAUCCAUACUGGGGAGAAACCUUAUGGAUGUAAGGAAUGUGGGAAAGCCUUCAGCCAGAGUUCAUCCCUUACAAAACAUCAGAGAUUCCAUACUGGAGAGAGACCAUUUAAAUGUAAUGCAUGUGAUAGAGCCUUUAGCCAGAGUUCAUCCCUAAUUCAUCACCAAAAAACUCAUACUGGAGAGAAACCCUUCAAAUGUAAUGAAUGUGGUAAAGCUUUCAGCCAGAGCAUCCACCUUACUGAACAUCAAAGAAUUCAUACUGGAGAAAAACUCUACAAGUGUAAAGAAUGUGGGAAAGCAUUUAGUCGAACUUCAUCUCUUAUCGACCAUCAAAGAAUCCACACUGGAGAGAGACCCUAUGAAUGUAAUGUCUGUGGGAAAGCCUUCAGCCAGAGCUCAUCCCUUACUAAACAUCAAAGAACUCAUACUGGAGAAAAACCCUAUGAAUGUAACGAAUGUGGGAAAGCAUUUAGUAAGAGCUCAUCCCUCACUCAGCAUCAGAGAAUUCACACUGGAGAGAAGCCCUAUGAAUGUGGUGAAUGUGGGAAAGCUUUUAACAAGAGUACACACCUCACUCAGCACCAGAGAAUUCACACUGGAGAGAAACCUUAUGAAUGCAAUGAAUGUGGGAAAGCCUUCACUAGGAGCACACACCUUACCCAACAUCUUCGAGUUCAUACUGGGGAGAAGCCCUACAAAUGUGAUGAAUGUGGAAAAGCUUUCAGUGACACUUCAUCCCUUACUAGACAUAAGUUCAUUCAUACAGGGGAGAAACCCUUUAAAUGUGAUGAAUGUGGUAAAGCUUUUAGUGGCCUCUCGGGCCUUAUCCAACAUCAGCGAACUCAUACAGGGGAGAAGCCCUAUGAAUGUAACGAAUGUGGCAAAGCCUUUAGCCGGAGUGCUCACCUUAUUGAACAUAGGGGAACUCAUACUGGAGAGAAACCAUACAAAUGUAAAGAAUGUGGCAAAGCUUUCAGUCAGAGCUCACACCUUACAAAACAUCAGAGAACUCAUACUGGAGAGAAACCUUAUAAAUGUUGUUAUUGUGAGAGAGCCUUCAGCCAGAGUUCAUCUCUAAUUCAACAUCAGAAGAUUCAUGCUGGAGAGGAGUACUGUAUGUAAAGAAUAUGGAAAAGCCUUCCAUCUCGUGAUUGGAUGAUCCUUCAGUUUUUAUCCAGCAUUGGAAAUCUUGCUUUAUUAGUUCAGUGAAUACAAAUGUGUAUUGAGCACCUACUAUGUACAUAAGGUUACAUAGAGUAAUUUACACAAAGAAAUGUUAGGCACUCUUGGAAAAAUAUUUCCCUCCUCCAGAAGUUCUCGGGGAUUGAGGGAUGACCCUAGAUGGGGGGAGGGGGGCGGGGCUGGAGUUAGGUGGUUAAAAAAUUAAAUGUUGUAAAUGUGGAGUCUUAAGUAUAUUUCUGAAUAUUGUAAUGGAAGACGAUGGGAAUUUCCAAAAGCAGUGUAUCCUUUACAUGCUAAUGUGUAUCUGAGCUUCUGAAUCCCUGGGGAUCCCUUGCAAAGGAGAGGGAGCUGCCAAGAGGUUCUGCCAAGUGGGCUAAUGCUCAUGGGGUAGAGUUGGGAAACUCUAAGGGCACUUUUGAGGAGACUCAUGUGAGCAUGGAGAAAAUCAAAGAAUUCUAAGCAUUGGUAGGGAACUUACAGGUCAUUAAGUUCAGGGAUUUUCAUACUUUUUGAAAUCAUAAAAACUUUAUAUUAAAAAAGUCACAGAACCUUGAUUCAAGUGGUAAAAAUUAAAAUAUGUAAAUAUUAGUAACAUUGAGAAUGGAAAUUGUUGGUUUUGUAAUUGAUUAUGUUCCUUAACUUGGGUCAUGCUCAAACAGUUAUAACAGUUUCCCUUGUAUUCUAAGUUUAAUACUAACUAGUGGAAAAUCUGCUACAUGUGUAUUUUUGAAAUUCACCUUUUGAAGUAAACUUUCUUGAGAUUCA